AUGGCGUCAGCCCGUGGACUCACCGCUGUUGGAGUUCCUCCAUUCCCGUCAUGGAUUCUUUACAUUCGGAUUGCCAUCCUCGUGCUAUCACUUGUUCUUCUGGGUGUUGCGGCGUGGGCUGUCUCGUUGUUUUCCGUAGGAGGGUCUGCGGCUUAUGGAUAUACGGGCGCUAGUGGGAUGAUGGUCUUCGUGACCAUUUGGAGUCUUGUAGUUUAUGGGGGCUCCCUCGGGUUCCAAUUUGGGGCACCUCACCUCUUCUACCGCAUCGUCGGUCUUAUUCUUUACAGUCUCGCAGUGAUCUUCUGGCUUGCGGGUUGGGCGUAUGCGGCAAGCCAGGCGGCUCUCGUGCUCGACUGGGUUGGAGGUUAUGGUGGUGAAGUUCAUGACUACGGCUCAGCCUUGGCUGUGUGCGCCGGUCUAGGUGCCGUUGCCUGGGUCCUGUCAAUCAUCGAUCUAGUCUUUUUCAUCCUCGCUUGUGUUCGCGAAGCCACGGCGCCGAAGCUCAGCCAGGCUGAACUCGGACAAGUGCAGCCAACCGCUCCUGUUGCGUCCGUCACUACCAAUGAGCUACCUCACGAGCAACCGGUAUAUUCGCAGCAGCCCUAUGCGACACAGUAG